AAGAAGUUUUCUUCCCUCCCCUCUCAAGGUCUCUCUUCACAUAUUCUUCCACUCCCGAGGAGAUCUGACGAGUGAGUCAAGAUCGGAGUCUCACACAAUUAGUGUAUCUCCCUAGUACAUUCUAGGUUCAAACACUACUAAACAAACCAACCCCCGAAUUCAUAGUCAAAAGAUACAAAACAAACCAACCCAACAACAAUCCACCCCUCGUUGCCCAAAAAUUUGUUGUCAACAACCACUGAAGCCACAUUUUGUUUUCAUGCAAACCAAACCGACGGCCAGCAUCAAUGUAGAAUAAUGUAAAAAAUAACAACAAUAAAAAACCUAACCCUAAACAACACAACACCUCCAACCAAGACCACUACCAAACAUACAAGGGAAAAAUCAGCUGCAACCAUCAACAGAAGAAAUAAAGCCCCCAGUGUCACCGCAAUACCACUGAUAACAAGAAAUAAAAACCCAAAGCAAAAAAAAUCACAAUAAGCUAUCAUCAUCUUUACAUCCAUGCCAAAUGAUAAAAGAACCACAAGCAAAAAGCCAAACUCACUAAAUCACUUUGUCAUUCUAAGUGAAACAAGGAGGGAGGUUUCAAAGUCUAGAAGGAGGAUGUAGAUUGUCAAGACAAUCCCCUCUGUACAUUAAGAUUGUCCUCAAGAUCUUAGCAUAUGUCUGAAGUGUGGAAGAGAAACCAUAUGAAAAUAUAUGUUUUGGAAAAUUUCACUUAGAGAAAUCAAAUAGCGCUGGAAUUGGAAAAUCCACAAAGGGAUUGGCAAAAGGAAGAGCAAAAGAAAAAGUAAGACAAUAGAAGAGGGGUGGGUUGCCGCCAAUCACCAAAAAGGCGAAGUCAGUGACUCUUAGUGAAUACUAGAAAGAAGUGUAGAGAGAUGUCAAAGCGUUUGAAAAAUUUUGGAAAGUUAGAGAGAGAGAAAAUAUCAUCCGCCAUCGAUUGAUUUAAUGUUUUCCAUAUAAUUUGUUUAUGAAUUUGCUUGACUUCACUGUAAGAUAUUGCAAUUAGACUUGUGACUAUCUAAAACUUCUUUUUAUUUGAAAUCUGGAAAGUUUCAAUCAUGAUUUCUGCUUAUGUUCCUUUUCUCGUUGCUAACUAAUUUAGUUGAACAUGGAUGGAGCUUCACAAGGUAAUCCGGGGAUGGCCACUGCAGGAGGUUCGUUGCGUGAUGAUGAAGGAGAUUGGAUCGGCGGCUUCGUUUCCAAAAUUGGGGAAGCCACUGCACUUCUUGCUGAACUCUGGGGCAUCCACCAGGGGUUACAGUUUACUUGGAGGAAAGGUUACAAGUUUCUGAUCCUGGAAACAGACUCAACCCUCGCUAUUGAUCUUAUUAAGAACAGAACCGAUCAUGUUCAUCCGCAUUCUACUCUCCUUCAUUUGAUUCGCGGAUUGUUGGCUCAAGACUGGAUUGUGAAGCUAGUUCAUACGUAUCACGAAGAGAAUAGAGUCGCGGACUGGCUCUCAAAGCACAGUCUCGUCUAACCCUUCGGGACGCAUGAACUAGAAGAACUACCAGAUGAAUUAGAGAAGAUCAUCAGAGAAGAUCUUGUGGGGGUCAGUUUUGCUAGACGGAUUGUUGCUGGAUCCGCUUAGUUGUUUUUAUCUUUAGUUUCUUUUGUUUUUACCCUCUGGUUUUGAGUCUUCUACCUUUGCUCUGUCCUUUCCGAGUUGGAGGCUUGUGCUUGUAAGUUCCUAGUUGUCCUCUCUCUUACUUAGAUAACCCGGCUUUUGCCUCCCUAAAAAAAACUAAUUUAGGACCAAUGCUAAUUGACCACAACGACUACUAAUUUUAGCAAUUUUUAUCAACCAAUUAAUUCCUAGUAAGUAUAACUGUUAGUUAAUUAUAUUAUGUAAAUAUAGAUAUAUGGAUGCCCAUUGCUAUUACCACAUUAGAUGCUCACUUGGGUGUUACAUGUAACCCUCAUUCCUACAUUUGAUAGCUCCUUUAUGUUUCAUUAUCUCUCAUUGAUAUAAGGAUGUAGUGGUUACCAAAGUGUGUCUAUAAAUAAAGCAUACCAUUGUAUCAAAAGAGAAGAAUGAAUAAGAAAGCUCGCUUCCCCCUCUCUUCUUUGUGUCUUUCCCUCUCUAAUCUUCUCUUGUAGUUGUUUAUAUUUUCCAUUAGUUUCAUAACACGUUAUCAGCACGAAAUUUGCUAGCAUCAUGGUUGGUCAUUGUCUCUCUACAGAAUCUAGUAUAUUGGAGUAGGAUCACAAUAUGAUCAAGGUAUGCAAAUCUUCGUCUUCUUUCAUAUCUUAUUGUCUUAUUUGUGGUGAGAUUAUCUCGUUCCAAUAUAUUAAGAUGGAUGCUACUCUUUUAUCGUAGUAUACCAUCCAUUGAUAUUUUAUCACGUACAUCUAUUUGGAUUAAAAUUUUGGGUUGUGUAAUUUGAUUAUAUUAUUAUGUGUUUUACAAUACAUACAUCGGUUCCUUAAAAUUAAAUUGGUGUUUAGACAUUAUUGCAAAUUAAAAUUUGCUCAUGUAGUAGCAAUAACAAGAAAAAUAAUAUAAGUGAUGAGUUAAUUUUUCAGUUAUCCGUGUUAUCAUGUUCUUAUCAAUCCCACAUUGAUAUGUAGAAAAUGCAAGUUCCAAGAACCCAUAUAUUCCCCAGAAGUGGAAAUUGAAGAAUUCAAGGGCAAAGAAAGAAAAGGACAUGGUAAUAAGAAUAUUGGUUCUGUAUGUUACCAUUGUAAUGGAAAAGUGCGUUUGUCUCGUACCCGUUGUACGCAAAAGACUUUAUUCUACCAAGAAUCAAAGGGAAGAGCAAAUUCAAACAUGCUCAUGCAAUAUCAAUAUUAUGGAACAUAUUUUUUGUAUUAUAAGUUGGUGUAUUCUCCAUUAAAGAUGAAAAUGAUAUUGCACUUGAGACAUUUUCAUUCCAGAAAGUGAAUGAAACAAUCUAUUCCUCGAAGUGAAUGGAACUAUAAAUAUAAUUAUAUAUGUUAAAUGUAUUGUUUGGAUCUUUUCACCAGAGUGAGAAAAGAGGAGAAAAAGGAGAAUUAUAAAUAAGUAUGACACAACAAUUAUAUUAUCAAAGUCAUAAUAACAUAAUGUACCUAUUGUACAUUGAAAUGUAUAAUGAAAGGCAUAUAUCAUUAUUUUUAUCAAUGUUGAAGGCAUAUAUAAAUUUAAAAUUACCUAGUUAGUGAUGGUAUUGUUCCAAAUAAAGCUUAUUUAAAUUU